UUUUUAUUUUUUUUUUAUCUCUGUCAUGUCAGAUACUGCUCACGCGUUAAAAAGAAUUAGAACACGGAGAAGAUUAUUUCGAACUCUUAAAAAAUGGAUUUCAAAACUUCGGUUUCUUUUAUUCGCUGUUGGGAUAUGUUGGCUAUUUAUCCUCCCAUCUGAACAAUAUCACAAAAGCACCUAUAUUUCAGAAAACGCCCUUCUUCCUGGUCAGGUCAAUACAUAUUAUAGUUGGGGUCAAGUUCAUGAAGCAGCAGCUUUUCGAGAUAAUAUAACCUUAUUAUCAAAUUCUUCAAAUAUAGAGAAAGCUGCUUAUAUAGAAAAUGAGUUACGAAAAGCUGGAUUAAAAACAGCAAUGCAAAAUUUCACGUUUAACAUGUCUGGAAAGAAAAUUUCUGGAAUAAAUGUUUACGGUGUAUUCAAAGCACCACGCGCAGAUGGGACGGAGGCACUUGUAUUGAGCGCUCCAUGGAAAUCAAAUGAUGGUGAAACGAUCAAUACCAAUGGAAUAGCAGCUGCCCUGUCAAUAGGAAAAUUUUUCAAGGGUUACACUUAUUGGUCCAAAGAUAUUAUUCUUCUUAUAACUGAUGGUGGAGAAGCCGGUGUUCAGGCAUGGCUUGAAUCAUAUCAUGACCAUCCUCGAUCAGCCAUUUCAUCGACGCCAUUAUUUUUAAGGUCUGGUGCAAUUCAAGCUGCUAUAAAUUUGGAUUUUCCAAGCACUAAUGAUUACAAAGCAUUGGGGAUUUUCUUUGAGGGUGUCAAUGGACAACUACCUAAUUUGGAUUUAAUAAACACGGUCAUAAGAGUCUGUCGGAGUUCAUACAGUAUUCCCAUUAUGUUGCACGAUUCGGGUCACCAUUAUUCUAAUUAUGAUAACGGCAAUUAUUAUGACUCCCUUCAUAAUUUAUUGCAGACAAUGAGACAUCAGGCUUUAUGUCAUCCAACUGGAAGCCACGGCUUAUUUUUCAGGUAUAAAAUUGACGCCAUAACUUUAUAUGGACAUACUACUGCUCAAACCUCAAAUUCAUUCAGUUUUAUAGAAAUUGGAUCAAUCGUGGAAUCAACCUUUAGAAGCUUAAAUAAUCUUCUAGAACAUCUCCAUCAAUCUUUUUUCUUCUAUCUUUUACCGACUCCAGAACGAUAUAUUUCUAUAGGAUCAUAUCUGCCACCUGCAUUAUUGUUGACUGUUGGAUUGAUUCUCCAAGCCUUAGAACUAUGGGGGAAAACAGGAGAUGAUUAUGCUGAAGAAUCAGUUUCUGAAAAUUCUCAACCAGAAUCAAGUUCAUCAAGUAAAGAUGAUAAUUAUGUUGUUCCUUUACCAUACAAUAAUCGACAAAGACAAAUUUUAUUUCCUAUGACAGUCUUGAUUGUUAGUCAUUUUGCGGGAUUACUUAUUUUCUUUGUUAUAACUAAUCAUUUUUCCUAUAACCAAUUGUCGAAAAUUUUUGGUAUACCGGAAUUUUUAUUUACAUUAUCAUUGAUUACAAGCAUAUCAAUAUUAAUACCAGCAACUUUAAUACAGAUACAAAAAUCAGAUUGGAUGGUAUUGAAAUCAUUUACUUUGGCAUUUACAGCCAUGAUAAUGUCAUGUUUAUCGGUGCUUAAUUUUAGUCUAGCAGUUUUUAGUUCAUUAAUAGUCAUAAUCCCUUUUUCAUUAUUUAAACCAACUCCGAAAUACAAAUUAUUACAAUAUUUACAAUUGCUAGUAUUGAUAAUGAUAUCACCACCUGGAAUAUUAAUAUUAAGUGGAACUAACCUAGAAAAAUUUUUAAGGUGGGCUUUAAUGGAGUACGAAUUACUUGGAAGUUAUUUAUUACCUUUUAUUUGUUGUUUUUAUUGGCCCAGUAUUUUAGUUUAUAGUGUAAUUAUUUUUUCUGAUAGUUAAAUUUAUAAAAAAAAGUAAAGAUGCCAUUAUUUUAUUAUUUUAAAUACUUGUAUUUGUUAUCUAUAAACUAAUAGAAGAAUUA